GAUCUUUUCUACAAAGUUUCUGUACACGUGUUUCUCAACGGAUUUGUUCACCAUUUUCGUAGCCAAUUACAGUUGGAUUGCUGUAAUUCGAUCAUAACCGACUCACAUACCUCCUUCCUCUUAUCUCUAUCUCCACCCGAUUUCUUCACAUCUGCAUCUUAUGAACAAUUUCUCCUCUCACCUACCUCCCCCUCUCCUCUUCUGUUGAACUUGGUGGUGUCAAAUUUUAUCGCCUUCGAUCACGUUGCCGCCACCGUGAAGCUUAAUGGAUUACUUCGAUAAUUUAUAAUCGAUCAUCUCCACAUCCUCACUCCUCUAAGUUCCAACGAUCACCCCCCUUCAGACCACUACUAUCGUCGAAUCCAGGCACGACACUAUUAACUGCUUCUUCUUCUUGAUGGGAAGGGAGCAAAAUUGAGGGGGAAACAGAAAGCGAAAGUGACAGAUUGAGGGUGAGAUAGAUGGGUAAAAUAAGAGAACGAAGAUGGGGAAAGGUCCAUAUGUCUAUCUUUACAUAAAACCCAGAGGUGAGUAGUGAACAUUUACUCUUGCUGAAAGUGAUCGUGUUUUUUAUCAUUCUCUAGCGAUUAAGCUUGGAACUCAUUUCGUUUUAUGGUUGGAGGCCUUCUGCCGAGAAGGAUCGUUUUGCAGCUUCAAAAAGCAAAUAAGCUCAAUUGCUUGCUAAUGUUAUGCCCUUCUCAGCUUAAUUCAUUAAUUUGUGCAGCAAAGGUUCUCAAUCAGGCAAGGAAAAAGCUUCGACAUCAUAGUGUUGCAGUGCAAAUGUCAAUAGGAUUGGAAGAGGACUUUCAGGGUCUUGUGGAUUAUUGCUCUGCUGGAAACCAUUUUAUGUUCCUGUCGUAUGCUCGGUUCGAGUUUAUAUAUACCAAGAAGAUCAAAUUUAAGGGAUUUCAUACCAAUGACCUUCAACAAUCCCUUUUAGAAAAGGGCGAAGUUGCCAGCUAA